ACAUGAGCGCCAAGAAACAAAAAUGACUGGGAGAGUCCCAAUUUUGUAAAGUUUCUUGCAUUUGAUUUCGGCAUACAUUUACAUACAUAAGUCGCGCCUCAAUCCGCCCUCUUGUCCCAAGUGACAAUCAUGGCGGACACCAAGGGUGCUACUUUCUUAUCCAGUCCCCCUCCUGGAUACUCUCCACUCCCCACUGUUGAUCCUGCAGCAUCGAAAGACGAACAUGUCGAUGAGCAACCCGUUCCAAACAAGUGCAAGCGCCGCUGUUGCGCAAGGCACCUUUGGAGGUUCAUCGCCAUUGGUUUCGUAAUCUUUACCAUUGCUAAAGGCACCAAGUACCUAUGGCGAGGAUGCCGUCAGCACCUCAAAUCUCCCUACGAGGAUGACUACAUCAUGCGCAUGUACGACGUUUCUGGCGAUUUCGAUCCCUAUCAUGGCGAUGAUCACCCCAAGCCCCACUGUACCAAGUGGAGAAACUCAACUGCGACGGGCGAGACCACUUACCAUCUAAAUGUUUCUACGGCUGCAGAGGUCAUCAAGCUUGUGUCUGGAGAUGGUUUCAAGGGCACUGUCGACUACGUUAUCGCCGACAAGGACUUGGGGGACACGAUUGGCGUCAAAAUUGCUCUGAGUGCACCAGCAAAGCUUGAGGAGCCCGAUACUGACUCAGCCGUUCACUCAUGGUGGAAGCGUCCAAAGCAUAAAAAUCAUAAAAUUAAGGGCCCUAAAGCCUAUGUGUGCACCAUUCCGACGCCUGAAGGCAAUGUCAAAGGUGUGGUCUUGUCGCCCCCCCACCAUGGUCGCCAUGGUCACCAUGGUCACCGCCCUUGGCGCCCGUUGCCACCAGAUCCACCUGAGUAUAUCUCUCCAUUACUUCCAGAUGCUGGCCCACUUUUGCACCCUGAGGAUCUUCGAGAAGUGUAUGAGACUGGUUGGGUGGAUGGAAAACACCCUCGUCGUCGUUGUCAUCCCACGGCGCCUGUCACUGCCAAGAUCGUUGUCACUUUGCCACGCAGUCACCUCGAGCUUGCUUCUUUCUCAAGCGUGUUUCCCCACUUCACUCAGCAUAUCAAUGGCGCUUUUGAUGAUGUCGUCUUUGGAAAGCUCUUCGUUGUUGGUGCAACAUCUGGACUGUCUAGAGUCAAAGCCGAUGUGGCAUCAAUCAUUGCUGGGGGAAACCCGAUUAAUGGAACUUAUGUGGUGAAGGACCGUUUGGAGCUGGUCACCGCGGAGGCACCCAUCACUGUAAACGUCACCCUUCUCUCGAACGUGACGGCCCACAAGCACACGAGACUGGAUAUAGUAAAUCGCAAUGGCUCUGUUGAUGCCGAUGUUCAGCUUGUCGCUGUUGGACCCUCCAAAGACCGAGUCAAUGGCUCAUUCAGUAUCAAUACCUUUACUUCUCACCAUCCUGCGAGGGUGAAUGCCGCCUCCUUCCCUCUCGGUGGCUAUUUGAGAUUUGAUGUCGUGAACCGUUACGGCGUGAUCGUUGCCGCUGUGCCUCCCUCUUACGAAGGCAGGUUCGGCGUUGUUAACAGGGGCGGCACGUCCGUCGUGAAGUCCGACAAAGAUGCGAAAGAUCCUUCUGGCGAGGGACGAAAGAGGGUGAUAUUUGUUAGGAACAUCGUCGGAGGCAUCAUAAAUGGCUUUGAUGGUAUCAUCAUCGGGAAGGUUGAUGCAGAGGAAUUGGAUGUAUGCGGUGAAGGCGAAAAAGGAUGCCGCAUUACCAGACCUCUUCUUCCUGGAGGGGAUGGAGGGGACGAAUAUUUCGACGAAUCCGAUCCUCCCAUUGACGUGGGCCCCAUGUCCACCGACUCUGGGAUUGAUAUA